GAGGCGAACAACUUACCCUGCGGAGGUUUCUUUGGGGAAUACGUGCAUCAAGAUUUAGAUCUGCCUGUAAAAUCUAUACAAAGUAUCUACCUCUACCGGUCUGAGCCUCCAGCCCUCCACCACCGUUUUUUUUCCCUUCCGUUCCGUUUUCUCUGCUGUGUCAGAAAGACCGCGACAGAACUAUCUCUGCUUCUCGUUCCACUACCAGUGAAGGAGUUUUCAUUCAGACUUUCCGAAGACAGGUAGAGAAACCCAGACUCAGGAAAAGAAGAGGUCCUUUGAGGCAGAUGUGGCAUUAGUUCUGCUUUCUUCAGCAUGGAUAAACCCUUUUCUCAAGGAUUUUCUGAUGUGCCCUAACGUCCAUGUAACUACAAGGGCUCUUUUUCACCAUAAGUGCCACCCUGACCCAAAACCACUCAGAACUCAAGAACCAAGGCAAAAUGGAUGCCACAGUGAUGGAUGAUUUCCAACAAAUUUUGUGUAUUAAAUAGCUGCGGUCUACUCAUGCUAGCAAUGAUUAUGUGGAACGGCCUUCAGCCCCCUGUAAUCACGCCCUCUCCAGCCCUUCCCUUAUCGUGCAAACCCACAAAACUGAGUUGUCCCUGGCUACCAUGCCUACUUCCCUUCCCUGCGGUUGCAGCCUGUGCCAUCAAUUGCAGCCCUUGCCUCAGCAUCUCAGCCAGUCUAGCAUUGCCAGCUCAGUAUCCCAUAGCACCACUGCCUGUGAUCAAAGGCUUUUGGCCAGCAUUACUCCCUCACCUUCAGGCCAGUCCAUCAUUCAAACCCAGCCUGGAUCAGGGGCCCACUUAAUGGCUGAUGGUGCUGUGAAGGGAGAAACUGAGCAAUCUGCAGUGCACCCCAGUGAGCACCUCUUCAUAUGCGAGGAGUGUGGGUGCUGCAAAUGUAUCCUCUGUACAGCAGCUCAUUCUCUCCCCUUCUGCUGGCUGUGAAACCAGCAUUGCCUUUGCUCUGCUGAGAGCCUCCUUGAUUAUGGCACUUGUCUCUGCUGUGGUAAGGGCCUCUUCUACCACUGCUCAACUGAUGAUGAAGACAACUGUGCUUAUGAGCCCUGCUCCUGUGGGCCUGGCUUUUCCUUCAUCCGCUGGGCAGCCAUGAGCCUCAUCUCGAUCUUCCUACCUUGCCUGUGCUGCUACCUGCCUGCACGUGGAUGCCUCCAUCUGUGCCAGCAGGGCUAUGAUAGCCUCAGGCGACCAGGCUGCCACUGUAAGAGGCAUACCAACACUGUGUGCAGAAAAAUCUCUUCUGGUAAUGCACCUUUCCCAAUGGUCCAGGAGAAGUUUGUAUGACCUUCCCAGAAAAUGGAUCCAGAGCUUUGUCCUUCUAGCCCCCAUCAGUAAAGCUUAGGCCUCAUCUUUGAAGAGGAGAGGAUGGGUCAUGUUGCCAAAGUUAGGGACUCACCAGUUUUGUUCCUAUAGUGUCAGGGGAAUGGCCAAGUACAUCCUGGUGUAGGAUGCCUUGUUCUUUCUCACAGUAUCUAUCCCACUUUGCUUAAACCUUUUACACCCUGGGCCAUCUGCCCUUAUGGCUGUCUUGGCAAAUUCAGGUGAUAUAUAGGCAUGAGAUUUGGAUGCUGAGGACUGACAGAGCCAUCAACAUGGAGGUUUAGGGGCCCCCCAAUAUAAUGCCUCUCGAUGCAGGCUCUGCGUGUUACUCUGCUUUCCACAGCGCCUUUGGAAGCUUUCUUCUAAGAUGGUUUUCACAGGUCCAUGUGGAGCAGCAUUCAAUACUCCAGGGAAUCUGACCCCUUCUCGCUCUUUACUGCUUUUCUCUUCUUUGCUCUUCUCUCUUUCUCCUCCCCUCUUCUUUC